GCAAAACCUGAAUGAAGAAGAAGAGGGAAAGGAAGCAGGAAAGCCUCCCUACCUGCCUCAAGUCUGAAACGCAUUGCCAGUCAGUGCUCUCAAAGGAAAGGCACCAUGGAGACUCGUGUCCACAAUAAUCUAAAGCAGGAGCUGCUGUGUGCGCUCCUCGCCGCCGUGCUGCUCCUCGCCUCGGUCACGUCCGCAGAGGAAGGCGCGCAAGUGAAGAACUCCCAGUGUCACAACUACGCGGGAGGACACGUCUAUCCCGGAGAGGCUUUCCGUGUGCCCGUCUCAGAUCAUUCCCUGCACCUCAGCAAAGCCAAGAUUUCAAAGCCUGCACCACACUGGGAGGGAACGGCCGUCAUCAACGGUGAAUUCAAGGAGACGAAGCUGUCAGACUACAGAGGAAAAUAUCUGGUCUUUUUCUUCUAUCCCCUCGACUUCACAUUUGUCUGCCCAACUGAGAUCAUUGCAUUCAGCGAUCGUGUGCAUGAGUUUCAGGCCAUCAACACAGAGGUGGUCGCCUGCUCAGUGGACUCCCAGUUCACCCACCUGGCCUGGAUCAAUACCCCAAGAAAGCAGGGUGGACUUGGACAAAUGAAAAUUCCUCUGUUGUCUGACCUCACUCACCAGAUUUCAAAAGACUAUGGAGUCUACCUUGAGGACCAGGGACACACACUGAGGGGUCUCUUCAUCAUCGAUGACAAAGGCAUCCUGAGGCAGAUCACCAUGAAUGAUCUUCCAGUGGGGAGAUCUGUAGAUGAGACUCUGCGGCUGGUGCAGGCCUUCCAGUACACAGAUAAACACGGAGAAGUGUGUCCCGCAGGAUGGAAGCCAGGCAGCGACACAAUCAUUCCAGACCCUUCAGGCAAGCUGAAGUAUUUUGAUAAACUGAACUGAUAUGUGCUUCUGUUUUCCCAGUCUGUGAAAUCCAGGACUUACUGAAAGUUCAAAUAAAAUGUGUUUUCGUAAA